AUGCAGUCUCCCUCAGUUGCGGUGCAGGGUCAACUGAGGACACCUCCCGCAUGUUUGGUGUGCGUGUUGUCACAUACCAUUACGGUGGGGCACCCGGUUCUACGCGCCUCCUGCGCUGGGUCUCUAGGUGAGCGCUUCACGCAGAGGAUUCAUGGUCCAGUCUUCUCGAGCCUCUCCUUUUCCUCUCCUCCUGAGUUGCCUUGGCUCAUGUUUUCCUGGUGUCCAUACAGUGUGGUCCAUUUAGUGGCCAUCAGUUAA